GGUCCAGUAUUAUCAGCGCCAUUUUGAAAACCGAACAUUUGAUCGCAUGUGCUGCGAAAAUUCCGAACGUCAGUCCCAAUAAACAAAAGUAACUGCGUUUGAAACAGAAGAAUGAGCAAAAAGCAGACACCGAGUGAUUUUCUCAAGCUCAUUAUCGGUCGACCUGUGGUGGUGAAGCUUAACAAUGGCGUAGAUUAUCGAGGAGUGCUUGCUUGCUUGGAUGGAUACAUGAAUAUAGCUAUGGAACAAACAGAAGAGUAUGUGAAUGGGCAACUUAAAAACAAGUACGGUGAUGCAUUCAUCAGGGGUAAUAAUGUCCUUUAUAUCAGCACACAGCGCACAUCAAGGAGAUAGAGACCUGUACAAGCCUGAUGUAUUUUAUAGCAAGAAACAUCUCAAAACCUGGGACAUCUCCUUUAUUGUAAAUAGUUUGUCAAAACAUUUGUAUUCCUCAGUAUGUCAGUAAAAAUAUGGAUAUGA